AUGGUGAAUAUUGCAUCGAAGUUUGCCAAACCUCACCCAAGAACCUGGAGAAGUGGGUAAAAAAUUGCCCACCUGGGUUUAUUUACCAAAUUUGCCCAGCUGAAAAUUUGCCCAGGCUCGCCUUAAAGACCCUAAAAAAAUUUGCCCACCUGAGGCUCGCCUUAAAAACCCUAAAAUUUUUUGCCAACCUGAGGCUCGCCUUAAAGACCCUAAAAUUUUUUUGCCCACCUAGAUUUUUCGAAAAAAAAUGCCCACCUGGAAUUCCAGGUAUUGGGUGAGGUUUGGAAGUUUGGGUUUUUGAACAAAAAUUUUUGUUAGGAAAACAAUUAUGGAGAAAGUUGAGAAAUUGGAGCAUUUACAAUUUUUAUUUGAGAGCCUAGAAAUCCAGAUUCCCCCAAUAUAUUUUAUGACGUGGCAAAGUCGCAUUUUUUUUUGAAACUUGAAUUUUGGAGUACUGUAACCUUUUCUGAACAACUCUGUGAAUUCAGAGUUCAGAAAGAAUUUUUCUGAAAUUGCUUUUAGGAAGCUUUCAAUCAUCUCCUUCCAAUUUUUAAAACUUUUUUUAUUUUUCCAGAAUGUGGUGGCAAAAUGCAUCUUCGAGAAGAUCGUUUCAUCGACGCUCACACAGAUUUCUUCGAAGCUUUCAAAAAUUAUGAUGAAAGUGGAUCACCUCGUCGAACAACUUGUUUGAAAUAUCUUGUUUUGGCAAAUAUGCUCAUCAAAUCUGAUAUUAAUCCAUUCGACAGUCAAGAAGCAAAACCAUUCAAAAAUGAACCAGAAAUCGUUGCAAUGACUCAAAUGGUUCAAGCUUAUCAAGAUAAUGAUAUUGUGGCAUUUGAAAAAAUAUUGUCAGAACAUCAGAAUAGUAUAAUGGCUGAUCCUUUUAUUCGUGAACAUACUGAAGAAUUGAUGAAUAAUAUUCGAACACAAGUAUUGGUUCGAUUAAUUCGACCAUAUACAAAAGUUAAAUUAGCAUGGUUGGCAAAACAAUUGAAAGUCACUGAAAAAGAAGUUGUUGCUUUAUUGGUUGAUUCAAUUUUGGAUGAAGGUUCGAGAAAAUAUAUGAACCUUGUGAUUUGAGAUUCAAUUUAUUAUUAAUUUCAGGAUUGGAAGCAAAAAUCAAUGAAGAAACUGGAAUUCUUGAAAUGGCAAAAGAUAAAAAGAGCGUAGUUACAACAACUAGAAAUCCAACUGGAGAUAUUUCGGCCUCUUCUUCUGAUGAUGUAAGUAUUGAUUUUUGAUUUUUCAAAAUUUAAACAUUUCUUCAGAAAUCUCCAAGUACAUCAACAAAACCACCGAAUUCAUCUGAAGAAUCUUCAAAUUCUUCUGCAAAUAGUUCUAAUUCCCAACAAUGUCAACAAAAUCUAUCAUAUGAAGCGCUUCGAAAAUGGGCUGACAAAAUACAGACAUUACAAUCUCAUAUUGCUGCAAAUGUCAAAUAG